UCCUCACACCGGCACACACAGAGGAGGCAGCCGUCACCGGAGCAGAGGACACCAGGACCCUCGGACCCCCGCAGCCUCGUGCCAAACUCUGGAUCCACCUGCACCGCGGCUUCACACGAGCCUCACGCGCCUUUGGACCUGUUGUUUUCACAGGAGCCUGAACUUUCCCGCGUGCGUCUUCACGAUCAGCAGCCUGUCGUCACCCACUCUCAGCACAGCGCCUCCUGUCACUUCCACAGCACAGCGCAGGAGGAGAUUAGAGUGAAGCAUGUCUCUGUCUACGCUCCUGCUGUGUGCUGCUCUGGUUCAGGGUGCUGCUGUGUGGAGCCUCAACCCUGAUGACCCCAACGUCUGCAGCCACUGGGAGAGCUACGCGGUGACGGUGCAGGAGUCCUACGCUCAUCCUUUUGACCAGAUCUACUACACCCGCUGCACCGACAUCCUCAACUGGUUCAAAUGCACCAAGCACCGGAUCAGCUAUAAGACGGCUUACCGGCGGGGAGUUCGCACCAUGUACCGCCGCCGCUCACAGUGUUGCCCCGGUUACUUCGAGAGCGGCGACCUGUGCGUCCCUCUGUGCUCGGAGGAGUGUGUCCACGGCCGUUGCAUCUCUCCAGACACGUGCCAGUGCGAGCCGGGCUGGGGAGGACUGGACUGCUCCAGUGGUUGUGAGGCGGACUUCUGGGGGCCCCACUGCACCAACCGCUGCCAGUGUCAGAACAGGGGGCGCUGUAACCCCAUCACUGGAGCGUGCAUGUGUACCGACGGCUACCAGGGGUGGCGCUGCGAGGAGCAGUGUGAGCACGGUUACUACGGGAAGGGCUGUCAGCUGAUCUGUCAGUGUCUGAAUGGUGCUACCUGUGACCACGAGACCGGAGAGUGUGUGUGCACGCCAGGGUACACGGGGGCGUUCUGUGGAGAGCGUUGCCCCUCUGGGAGUCAUGGACCCCAGUGUGAGCGCCGCUGCCCCUGUCAGAACGGAGGCACCUGCCACCACAUCACUGGAGACUGCUCCUGCCCUGCUGGAUGGACGGGCUCUGUGUGUGCCCAGCCCUGUCCCAUCGGCAAAUAUGGCAUCAAUUGCAGCAAAGACUGUUCAUGCCGAAACGGUGGCGUGUGUGAUCAUGUGACCGGGCAGUGCCAGUGUGCAGCGGGCUUCAGCGGGCGCAGGUGUCAGGAGGACUGUCCCGUGGGCACCUAUGGCCCACAGUGCCACCUGAAGUGUCAGUGUCAGAACGGAGCCAAGUGCCACCACGUCAACGGCGCUUGCAUGUGCGAGACGGGCUUUAAAGGGUCUAACUGCCAAGAGAGGUUCUGUCCGCUGGGUUUGUAUGGCCUCAUCUGUGACAAGUACUGCCCCUGUAACAGCACCAACACGCUCAGCUGCCACCCGCUGUCAGGAGAGUGCACCUGCGCCUCUGGAUGGACAGGCCUGUUCUGUAAUGAGAGCUGUCCUCCUGGUUUCUACGGCGACAUGUGCUCCGAGCCCUGCACCUGUGCCAAUGGUGCCGACUGCCACCCUGUGACGGGUGCCUGUGUGUGCGCACCGGGAUACAUGGGAGAAGACUGCUCCACUCUGUGUCCUCCAGGUCUGUUCGGCCCCAGCUGCACCUCCACCUGCUCCUGUCACAACCACGCCUCCUGCUCCCCCACUGAUGGAGCCUGUGUCUGCAGAGAAGGCUGGCGUGGUGUGGACUGCUCCCUGCUCUGCUCCAGCGGCUCUUGGGGUCUGGGUUGUAACCUGACGUGUCCGUGUGUGAACGGAGCAGCGUGUGACCCUGUGGACGGCGCCUGUACCUGCUCCCCGGGCUGGAGGGGCGAGUACUGCCAGGAGUCUUGCCCCGAUGGUACCUUUGGUCUGGAGUGCCGUGAGCGUUGUGACUGUAGCCAUGCCGACGGGUGUGACCCUGUGAGCGGAUACUGCCGCUGCUACCCCGGCUGGACAGGGAUUCACUGUGACAGCGUGUGCCCACAGGGCUUCUGGGGGCCCAACUGUUCAAUGAGCUGCUCCUGCCAGAACGGAGGCUCCUGCUCCCCCGAGGACGGCACCUGCGUCUGUGCACCUGGCUACAGAGGGACCUCCUGCAAAAGAAUCUGCUCCCCCGGCUUCUAUGGUCACCGCUGUAGUCAGUCGUGUCCUCAGUGUGUCCACAGCACUGGCCCCUGUCAUCAUGUAACUGGACACUGCGAUUGUCUGUCGGGUUUCACUGGAUCUCUGUGUAAUCAAGUGUGUCCUCCAGGCAGGUACGGCCGAGUGUGUGCUGAGAUCUGCCUUUGCACCAAUAAUGGCACGUGUAACCCCAUCGACGGCUCCUGCCAGUGCUUCCCGGGCUGGGUCGGGGAUGACUGCUCUCAGGCCUGUCCCUCCGGUCACUGGGGCCCCGACUGUCUGAACUCGUGUAACUGUCACCACGGCGCCCAGUGCAGCGCGUACGACGGCGAGUGCCGGUGCAGCCCGGGCUGGACGGGACUGUACUGCACACAGCGCUGUCCGUCUGGCUUCUACGGGCGGGAUUGCGCCGAGGUAUGCCGGUGCCAAAAUGGUGCGGACUGUGACCACAUCUCGGGACAGUGCGCGUGCCGUACCGGCUUCAUCGGCACCAACUGUGAGCAGAAGUGCCCAGCAGGGACGUUUGGCUACGGGUGCCAGCAGCUUUGUGAGUGCCUGAAUAACGCCACCUGUGACUAUGUGACCGGGACGUGCUACUGCAGCUCCGGGUUCAAAGGGAUCCGCUGUGACCAAGCAGCUCUGAUGAUGGAGGAACUGAACCCAUACACAAAGAUCAGCCCGGCACGCAGCUCAGAGCGCCAGUCUGCGGGCGCCGUCAUGGGUGUCAUCUUCCUCCUCCUCAUUGUCAUGGCGCUGCUCAGUCUGUUUGUGUGGUACCGGCAGAGACAGAGGGACAAAGGGCAAGACAUACAACCCAGUGUGUCCUACUCCCAAGCCAUGCACAUCACAAACACUGACUACUCCCUGUCUGAGUGUGGCAGCACUGUGGCCAUGCGUCCCAGUAUGUCUGAGGUGACCCCUGGGCAGAAGAGCAGUGAGGCUCCGUGCUUCUCCAACCCAAGCUACCACACUGUGGCCCAGUGCAACGUGCUGUCCACUGUCUCCAGCGGACUCGACGGCGCCCUCACCCUGAAGUCCAGCACUCUGAAAGGCAGGAGUGGAUCUGAAUGGAGGGCCUAUUGCAACCUGAGUGACAUAGAGGUGCAGCCGGGUGAGAGCGCCACUCAGAGAGGACCCAGGAAAGAUUACUUAAAAGGCUCAAUGUGCAACAACAGCUCCUGCUCUCUAAACUCGGACAACCCCUAUGCCACCAUCAGGGACCCCCCCGGCCUCAGCUGUAAGCACCCAGAGACCAGCUAUGUGGAGCUGAAGUCCCCCUCCCAUAGAGAGGUGCCCUUUGGAGGCACCGCCACGCUGCUUGGCAGUGCCACUCGAGCUGUGUAUGAAGUGGAGCCGUCAGUGAGCGUGCUCCAGGGGCCUAACGGGAUGGCCACAGGUUUCUCCCAGAGUCCCUACGACCUACCGCGCCCUGGAACCCUCCAGACGCACCUCAAGGGCCACUAUGACAUCCUGCCUCUGCACCACAGCUCCGCAUCUGACCCGCCUCCGCUGGCCCCCGAGAGCCCCCGCUCACUGCUCUAGACCUGUGC